AGCUGUUGCCGCCCAGGCGGAGGGGGGACUUCCGCUCUGGGCUAAAACCUACUUCCGGUAGGGGCUUGAGUGGAGGGGACGGCGCCGCCGCUCCCGGAAGGCCGCCAUGAGCCUGCAGUGGACGGCAGUCGCCACCUUCCUCUACGCCGAGGUCUUCCUCGUUCUCCUGCUCUGUAUCCCCUUCGUGUCAGCGGCCAGAUGGCAGAAGAUCUUCAAGUCCCGCCUGGUGGGCCUGGCCGUGGCUUACGGCAACACUGUCUUUGUCGUCCUCAUCGUCAUCCUCGUCCUCCUGCUCUUCGACGCUGUCCGGGAGACCCGUAAAUAUGACGUGACGGACCGGGUGGCCCUUCAGAGCAGCCCCGGCGCCCUGGAGCAUUUCCACAUGAAGCUCUUCCGGGCCCAGCGCAACCUUUACUUGGCCGGUUUCGCCCUCCUGCUCUCCUUCCUCCUGCGCCGCCUCGUCACCCUCAUCUCGCAACAGGCCGUGCUGGGCGCCUCCAGCGAGGCCUUUCGCAAGCAGGCAGAAGGUGCCAGCCAGGCUGCCCGGCGCUACAUGGAGGACAACGAUGCCCUAAGGAAGCAGCUACAGGAGGCAGGGGGUGAUGGGGGCAGCUCGUCCCCGGCCCAAGACGAGAAUGAGACGCUCAAGGCCAAGGUGGAGAAGCUGAAGGAGGAGCUGGCAGCCAGCAAGCGCACCCUGGAGAAGGCAGAGAAUGAGGUUCAGGCCAUGAGGCGCCAGGCUGAGGGGCUGACACGUGAAUACGACCGGUUACUGGACCAACACGCCCGCCUGCAGGCAGCCCAUGAUGGUCCCCGGGACAAAAAGGAGGAGUGAUGGACCAGCCACGCAUGCCAAGACCAGGCCAUGCCUGGAGGCAGGACUCAGACAAGGUGUUUCUGGGGACCCCCCCCAUAUUUGGGACCCUGCUGCUCUAUGGGGGGGCAGGAAGGGGUUUGAGCCCCAUUUCAAUGGGUCUGAGCCUCCCUCCAUAUCCUUUCCAGGGGGGUCCCCUGGGUGUGGGCAGUGGGACCCCCUCACACAGCUUCUGCUUCAAUAAACCCAUGGGAUCAUGU